AUGGCGCUCGGAAUGAUUACCAUUAUCCACAUCGUGCUUGCGGUCCUCGUCAUCAUCGAGCUCGGCAUCACAGGCUAUCUUGUCAAUGUCACUUCCGGCUUUGGCUAUUCGUCUCCCGCCACCUAUGCGUUUAUGCUCUUCAACUCCAUCUGGAGCUUGAUCAUCCUCGUCUACCUGGCCAUCACGCCGCUUUACCUGGCGCGCCUCUACCAUGCUCUUGCAGCGUUUGUCCUCUUGGUCAUUACGACUAUUUUCUGGUUUGCCGGUGCGAUCGCCAUGGCCGCCUUUAUCGGAGUUCCUGCAUGCCACGGAAACACCUUUUGCCAGACCUCGCAGGCCGGAGUCGCGUUUGGGUUCUUCUUGUGGGCAGGAUUCAUGGCGCUCACGGUUCUCGAGGGCUUGACUACCUUGAGGGGCCACGCACGGGCUGACAAGACGACUCCCUCAAAUGUUUAG